GCCGUGGCAGUGGAAUUGGACUGGCUGGCGCGCGCGAAGAUGAGCGCCAAGAGCGACCAGAAGAGAUCGAUGACGGCUGUGGUUCGGGAGAUCAUGGGGGCCCGGGCUGCCGAGGUCAUCAUCGAGAAGGGGCAGGCGGAGAUCCAUGCCCAGGUCAAGAUGAGCUCUAAGAGUCCAGUGGUAGCGUGGCUCAUUGAGCACGCGUCGACGUUGCGCUGCAUCUGCAACCGCGGGGGGAACGGCGCGGCGCCGUUCCGGCGAGCGAAGAGGCAGGCGUGGCAGGUGCGAUUGCCGGCCUUCGGCGAGAGCGUGGAAUUUAAGAAGCGCACGCGGCGCGAGCUGGAGGCGCGCUGGGAACGCGGACUGUCUCUCGGCGUAACGGUGGAGAGCACGGAGAAGACCGCGGGCACGGGCCACGGCGUCUUCGCGGCGCAGUCGUUGAGGCGGCUGCCGGGAGACCAGCGUUGCGACAACGAGGCGGCCGAGCAGACUGGGGGCGUGCCAAAGUACUGCGUCGCGUUCGCGGACAUGGACAAGCGCGGGCGCGCGGAGGGGCGCUGGGCGCAGGGUGGCGGCCAGGACGUCGCCAGCAGACUCAGCGGCAGGCACGGCUUCGACAUCGAGCCAGCAGCCUUUGGCAUCCUGGGAGGCGCAGCCAGCGGAAGGUGCGGCCUCGGCACUGGGUCAGCGCGCUCGGCGCCCUGGGAAGGACAGUUGGCGCGGGGCGCGGCUUCGGCGACGAGCCAGCUGCCCCCCGCGCGCGUGGAUUCAGACAGGGGUCGAAAGCGAGGAGAUCCACCCGCGGGAAGCGACGGCCACGAGGUAAUGGAGGAUAAUGCAAUCUCCAUCAUGGCCCGUCUCAUCGACCACGGCGGGGAGGACGACGAGAUCGAGAACGCGAUCUGCGCGCAAGUCGAGUCGCAGCGUGAGAGGUUGAUGAAGUCAGCUCGCGACUCGGGCGACGAGUGCCCAAUUCUGGUCGAGCAGCCGUUCGAGUUGGACUACGGGGAUUUCGUCGGCCCCGAGGACCUGGCGCGCAGAGACGAUUCGCGGGGGAAGGCGCUGCCCGGGGAUCUCGCCCAGGAGGCGAGGGCCGAGGACAUGAACUUCAUCGACACAGUGACCGGCGCGAGGUGGAUCGACGUCGACGGGGGCGACGAGGUCGAAUUCCAGGCGCGCAGCAGGCCGGUGGCGAAGGAGAUACAGCACGAGGGCCCGGUGGAGCAGCACUUCGCUGCGAUGCCGCCGUUGCCAUCUUCAAACGCGUCUCAUUCCACUGCGGUCACGGUGGCGUUUCCCCGCAAGGGCUUCGCGUAUGCGAAGAAGGGGAAGUACGUGCUGCAGCUCCAAGGCGAAAGGGGCGCACUUCUGGGCCAUGGCAGAGAGGGCGUGUUCGUGGAGCUGCCAGAGGACUGCAAGAAGGUACGCGGCAUCACCAGCGACGAGGUUG